AUGUAACUCUGGUGUACCACAAAACAUGUUGGAAUCUGUCAAAAUCAGCUUGUUCAUUGAAACGAUAAAAUGCGUAUCGGCGUUGUGUACGUCGCUGCUUGCUACAUGACUGACUGAAUGUAGAAGCUCGGGAAAUGGAACAAUCGCUUCCACACUGUUCAGUAACAUCAGUGAACCUCUAAGAAGAGGAGGACGUCAUGAUUGAGUUGAUGUGCGUCAUUUGCAGUUACACGAGCGCAAAAAAACCAUUGCCCAGAAUCAUACGAAUGUUUACUGACAGAUAUAUGAGAAUACCCCUAUAAAUACAUGUACAUCAUUGCCAAUAUGAAACCCAAAGACCCAGAGACUAAUGUUGUACACUUGUUACAUUAUUCUCCAGUGUUCAAUGACUUUUAUAUGGCAUAGUCUUGUUGGGGUCAAUGUUAUCUCCUAUGAUCUGUGCACUGAUGAGGUGAACCAUUCGCAUAUAGUGCUUUUAUAGCGAUACGGGAUGCGCUACAACCAGGUUCAUGAACGAAAAUGUGUUAUUUGGGGGUUUUUGGCGGUAAGAUUUGUUCACAAGGUCAUUAUGCAGCACCAGAGAAACUGUCGUCAGUCGAUUCCGUUAGCAGUUAUCUCGCUCAACGUUAUCUGGGAGUAGAAGGAGCUGACGUUGUUCCUACGUGUUUCGAACCAUGUUAUUAAAUAUCUUCAGAAAUAAAGACAAGGGAUGAUGCAGAAUGACGCUGACAUAUUGCUUACAUCGUUCAUUAAAGCGUCUAUUUUGUUCCAGAGCAUACCCCCGGCGGCCCAUUAAAGAGCAAUAAUUUACAUCGAUCACGGAUACUGUUGAUGUUGCGGCUCAGGUGGAUGCGUUGGCCCAACAAUUGAAUUCCCCAACGAUAGAGACAAGGCAAGUCCCCUGAUGGAGCAGCACUUUCACGUGAUCGAGAAAACCGAUAAUACAUCAGCCCGCCGUCACUUGUUUCCUGCCAGGCGCACAGUGAGGAAUUACCGCAAGGUGGUCACCGCGAUCGCAGCUGCAACUACUGGAACAGAGUCGCGGAGAAGGCAUUGGAAAUUGCCUGUUUUGCUCGACAUCAGAUCAGGCACGAACUUAUCCGGCUUGAGCAUUGGUAUCUAGAUGUUGCAGCAAUGCCAAUUUCAUGCACGUUGAAAACGUCAAUGUGUCAUCUGUGGUUCCUGUAUUGUAAUUUUUUGCUGUACUUUAAAGGAAUUUCACUCUGAUAAAAUUGUCAAGUAAUUUUGGAUUAAACAUUAUUUUUCGGAGGUCUAUUUGCCUUCAAAACAGUACAUCAGUAGACUUGGAGUUGAUUUACUCUAACAAUUAUGUCGGCAACACACUUUGCAGGAUAGCUGUUUUUUUACUGACAGAGUCAAAGGCUCUACCAAAAUUCCGCUUCAGGAGUAUCUCGUGUGCCUUUCAAUGUUCCGUCUUCCAAAUAUGCAUUGCACGUCGCGUAUGCUUGGGCUGAUUGCUCUGUUCCUAGGGGCCUCCGCGGCGGCUCUCUUGGCCCUUUCCGUAGCCACGGACUUCUGGCUGCAAACUAAAGAGAUUUUGAGAAGUAAGAACCAAACUACCAGCAUCUAUAAACAUUUUGGAUUCUGGAGAAUGUGCACACAGGAUAUAAACACGGUGUUUCUCAGACCGACUCCCUCCGAUGGCCAAGAGCAGCAAGAGCCAGAGACAGAGCUGGAUAAUGAAAACCAGAAAGGCUGUGAGAACAUUGUUUACUUCUCAAGUUUUGAAGAGAGCGAUCCGUUGAUGGAAGGGCCCGGAUUCGCUGGUUCCGCCGCGGCCAGCGUCACCGUCAAUCCAGCAGCGCCAACUACGGAUAAUGAAUAUUUGAAUAUUAUCCUAGAGUCAAUCAAAACGAUCGCCCCGAUGCCAGGGAUCAGUCUCUUGCUACUAGUGGCAGGGUUCGUCACUAGUGCACUGGGUCAUCUCAAGAAGGAUUGCAAGACCAUCAUUGCUGCUGUUAUCUACAUCGUGUCAGGCAUGAUCCUAGCCCUGGGAAUAAUCCUCUUCAUUAGUAAACUCAAUGACGAGAUACGCCAUGUCCCGAGGCCCGGGGCGGACGAGGAGCCAAUGUUCGCCUACCAGUACAGCUUCUCUUUCUAUCUCUGUGGCUCAGCUUUCAUUGCCAGUCAGAGUGCGGCGGUUUGCUGCAUAUCCCUCUAUUUAAAACGACAUUCAGAGGUCGACGACAUGAUCAGGCUGAUACCUGGUCUGGAGAGCAAGGCUGCUGAAGUUGUGAUGAACAGGGACAGUAAUGUGGACAGCUCGAACAGCCCCUUACAUUUGCCCCACAGUCCACUCCAUGGUACCACGCUUUGAAGACAAGGGGCAAGAAUGAGAAGAAUACUUGUUGUACAUUGCGCAGCUUUUCUAUUGUAAAUGAUAUUUCUUAUUGCAAACUCGAUUGUUGCCGCACAUGACUGAUGACACGUCGAUGUACAAUGUACUAUGUGGCCAAUGAUGGACCAAAAAUUACACUCAUCAGAUUUACUCGCGCAGAGGAAUCUAAAGUUGUUUUGACUACAGUGUGAAGAAUUGAACUAGCUAUACCAGAUCGAUCUAUUAAGAUACUAACCUCUUAGCUUAGGAGCACACAGAGUGCAUGCAUCAUGGAACUAUCAAACCAGCAAAACAACAGGAAAGAUACAUUUGGCGACCACAGUUCCAUCUGUCGCUUGCUUUGAAUGACGACAUCAGUAUGUUCGUAGGUAAACAGGUCAAGAACGCGUGUGUUGCGUACAUGUAGCUGCACUGCAAACCGCCAUGACGCGAAGUACGUUGUAUUGAUAUGCUUCUCCGUUCCUGUUAUUCGACAGUCAAUGAUAGUUCUGUCAGCGAUGUUGUUGCAAUUUGGUGUGACAACAAUUGGUAGUGUUUUGAUCUCGUAUUUUUCAUGCUUGUAUAUAAAGGAGAAAUAUGUGUUUCUGGAUAUUUUCCGAUUUGGUAGCGAAAAUGAACUGUCCGUUGUUUUUUUGUGGAUCAAGGACGAUUAUUCACGGCACGCAUGGCCAGGCCUUCCACUUACUUUCAUCUUGGAGUAACCAGCGUUCAAAGAGCAACUGGGGUGGUAUUUGCAUUUAGCUUCAUCCAGAUCAAACAGGCGCCUAACGCAUGGGCCUCCGUUGUAUGACAUUUUAAUAUGAUUUGAUACCUCGUCUGAGUAAAUGAUAAUAAUGAAACAUGAUUAAAUGGCUGAAUGCCACUGUUUCGGACUAUAUGACUGUCUAAUACAAUCAUUGGAAACUAACAUGAAUAUGCGAUUAUUCAAAAUCGGUCUUCGAUAAGCACUUCUAUCAAAACUUUCUCUUGACUAGAAAUGUGUUAGUAUCCGACCAAACUAUCUGUUACUUAUUCUAUGCAUUUCUUCAAUUGAUAAAGUAACCUGUACAUAUAUAUUGCGCUAUUAUUGAUAAAUAAACAAGCUUGAUUCGUUAAAAUAGCACUUACUCAUUUUUACACUACUAAAGGAAUAUCUGGUGUAAAGGUAAAUUUAGUAUCCGUUACAGAAUGUGCAUAAAAAGAAGAAGAUCCCCAUGCAUCGCAAUGAUGAUGUCAGUGGCUAUAGAGCAUAUUUUCUAAAAAAGUUGGCACACAUUCAUCUCAGUUCAUUACAUAGAUUUUUUGUAAAUAUUUAGCACUCUUUGUAAGACCUGUGUCGACAUAGAGCCAAACCUUUAGUAUCUUACUUUGUCCAGAAAAGCUCGGAGUGCAUUUAAAUGCGCCCUCACCUAUUGUUUUGCCUUUAUAUCUUGCACAAAUGAGGGCAGUCGUGCGGUAUAACAGCAACUUCCAUCGAAUGACUUGUCACACGUGGAAUCCCAACUUCUACAUUGCAGAUGGCCUACCACACAUCCAUUACAUGUCAUUUCAUGUAUUCUGCUCAUUUAGUUCAUGGCCGAUCAUCGCCAAACAUAACCUAGAUAGCUGAAUCAAAUUCUACAUGAUAUACUGUACGGGUAUAACUUUAAUCGACAAUGCCGGACGAUAGGUUGUGCAACAUCCACCAGAUGGAGAACCGAGGACUGGUAGCUGUGUGCUGGUAUUGGCCGUGAUAUACCAUUCACCUCGACUAGUGGAAAAUUUGGACCAUCAAUCAAACCCCUUUAUGAAAUGGAAUGCGGGAGACCAAACUCUACAUCAAUGUUUACAUAGGUUAUAGCUCUAGCCAGUGUAGUAUCAUAGUGUUAUUUUGAUAUCCUAGCUGUUUGUUUUUGCUUUCGAAUUAUUGUA